AUGGACAAGGUUCUGAUUCUGCAACAUUUUUUUACGAGAACCAAUCCUUUUAUUCUUGGGGUUUCCGCACUUGUAGAAAAGAUGGCAGGACGUAUUGAUCAGAUAAUCGGCCCAGUACUCGACGUAUCUUUCCCUCCAGGUAAUAUGCCUAGAAUUUACAAUUCCUUGAUAGUUAAGGAUAACGAUACAACUGGUCAGCCAAUAAGUGUGACUUGUGAGGUACAACAAUUAUUAGGAAAUAAUAAGGUUAGAGCUGUAGCUAUGAGUGCUACAGACAGUUUGAUUAGAGGAAUGAAAGUAAUUGAUACAGGAGGUCCACUUAGUGUUCAAGUUGGUGAAACUACUCUUGGAAGAAUUUUUAAUGUUCUUGGGGAACCUGUUGAUGACUUAGGUCCUGUAGAUUCUCUCACAAGAUCUCCUAUUCAUAGAUCUGCUCCCGCCUUUACACAAUUGGAUACCAGAUUUUCAAUCUUUGAAACAGGCAUUAAAGUAGUGGAUCUUUUAGCUCCUUACCGCCGUGGGGGAAAAAUUGGAUUAUUUGGGGGAGUUGGAGUGGGUAAAACAGUGUUAAUUAUGGAAUUAAUCAACAACAUUGCUAAGGCUCAUGGAGGUGUUUCGGUAUUUGGCGGAGUAGGAGAACGUACCCGUGAAGGGAAUGAUCUUUACAAGGAAAUGAAAGAAUCGGGAGUCAUUAAUGAACAAAAUAUAUCAGAAUCAAAAGUAGCUUUGGUCUAUGGUCAGAUGAAUGAACCACCAGGAGCUCGUAUGAGAGUAGGUUUAACUGCUUUAACUAUUAGUGGAAUGGUCAUGCACUUGAUUAUACACACAAACAUAAGAAUUUUUCAUGAUUUUGUUUAG